AUGGGCUUAUCGAAUUCACCAAGAGGUUUGACAGGAACUUCACCUUAUAAAUUGGUCUAUGGCCAUGAUACAGUAUUACCCUUGAAAAUUAAUUUGAAUACUUUAAGAGUAUCGAAACAGAAUGAGUUGCCAGUCGAUGAUUAUUGGAAUGCAAUGUUUAAUGAGUUAAACGAGUUAGAUUCAGAGCGAAUCCUAACACUUGAUAAUGUAAUUCGACAAAAAGAAAGUGUUGCUCGAAGUUAUAAUCAUCGAAUUAAGGAAAAGUCUUUCAGGAAAGGCGAGUUAGUUUUAAAAGUCAUUUUACCGAUGGAAAAGAAAUCAAGAUUUCUAGGUAAAUGGUCCCAUAGUUGGGAAGGUCCUUUUCAAGUAACAGGGAUAUAUUCGGAAAAUGCCUAUCUGAUUAAAGAUAUCGAGUCAAGAAAAGUGAUUAAUUCGAUUAAUGGGAAAUACUUGAAACUUUUCUAUUGUUGGAAAAUUUAG